AUGCCUUCCCAAAAGUUGAAGCCUAGCUUCCGCAAGGUGCAGAGUUUUCAGACCGACUAUGCUCCCUGCACAAUCACCCAAUAUGUCUCUGAGCGAAGUGGCAUGCAGGUCGUAGUCGCCGAUCGCAAGGGCCCCAAAAUCAACGGCUACUUCACACUCGCUACCGAGAUUUUCGACGACUCUGGUGCGCCUCACACGCUUGAGCAUCUGGUCUUCAUGGGCUCAAAGAACUAUCAGUGGAAAGGUCUGCUGGAUAAGCUGUCCUCUCGAGCAUAUUCUGGUACCAAUGCUUGGACUGCUACCGAUCACACAGCCUACACCCUUGAAACUGCAGGUUGGGAGGGCUUCGCCCAGAUCCUCCCUGUCUAUUUGGAGCAUGUGAUUUUGCCUACCAUCACCGAUGAGGGCGUUGUCACUGAAGUUUGGCAUAUCGAUGGAGAAGGCAACGAUGCUGGUGUUGUAUACUCUGAAAUGCAGGCUGUGGAAAAUCGCAGUACCGAAAUCAUGGACCUUAAAGCUCGCCGACUUUUGUACCCAGAAAACGUCGGCUUCCGCUACGAAACUGGUGGUAUGACGGAAGCUCUACGAGUACUGACCCCUGAGCGUAUUCGCCAAUUCCAUCGCGAUAUGUACCAGCCGCGCAACUUGUGCAUAGUCAUUGUCGGCGAAGCAGACCAUGAGAAUCUCCUGGAAAUACUGGAUACGUUUGAAGAAAGUAUCAAAGAUGAUAUUCCUGCUCUUGACUCCGAUUUCAAGCGACCAUGGGUAGAGUCAGCUCAACCGCCGGCUCUCAAAGAAAGCAUCGUCACGACAGCAGAGUUCCCCGAAGAGGAUGAGUCCGUCGGCGAGAUUCUCAUUGGCUUUUUUGGGCCUCACUGCGCUGAUGUGCUUGCUACCUCCGCUUUGAACAUUUUACUUACUUACCUUUGCGGCUCAUCUGUCUCUGUGUUAGAAAACAUUCUUGUGGAACGAGAGGAGCUUGCAAGCUCCGUCUCUUACUGGUGGGAUUCACGGCCGAACUCACUCAUUUGGCUUCAGCCUACUGGCGUAGAAACGGAAAAGCUGGAGUUUGUGGAGAAGCGCCUCUUCCAAGUCCUUAAAGAUGUCGUGUCGAAACCAUUGGAUAUGAACUAUAUGACAGAGUGCAUCCAUCGAGAGAAGCGACAAGUCAAAUAUCACGCUGAAACGUCAGAGUCUUUCUACUCUACCAACAUCAUAUCUGACUACCUCUUUGGAAAGCGUGACGGCUCAACACUCAAGGAUUUGGCAUCAAUGGCAGAGUAUGAUAUUCUUGAGAAGUGGUCAGACGAAGAUUGGCGAGCUUUCCUGAGCAAAUGGAUGGCCGAUGCUCAUCACAUCUCAGUCCUGGGUAAGCCAUCUCUGCAAUUGGCCAUCAAGAUGAAGAGCGAUCACGAAGCUCGAAUUGCCAAGCGUAAAGAAGAGCUUGGAGAAGAAGGAUUGCGAAAACUCGCCCAAAAGCUUGAAGAUGCAAAGACGAAGAACGACGCACCAAUUCCCCCUGAAGUCAUCGAUCGCUGGGCUGUCCCCAGUACAGAAUCAAUUCAUUUCAUCGAAUCCGAUACAGCUCGUUCUGGUCACGCCAAGGCCGUUGGACUUGGCCCUGGCCGUGCGCAGGAACUCAUCAAUGCGGCUCCUGGUGGCAAACUGCCGCUUUUCCUUCAGUUCGAAGAUGUGCCUACCAAUUUUGUGCACAUUACUCUUCACCUUGGCACAGCCCAAGUCCCUGUUCAUUUGAAGCCACUAAUGUCAAUCUUUAGCGAUAACUUCUUCAACACUCACAUCACGCGAGAUGGGCAGCAAAUCAACUUUGAGCAGGUCGUGAUGGAGCUAGAGAGGGACAGUGUUGGCUAUGACAUCGGAAACUCUCGCCAGCUCGGCGAUUCAGAAGGAUACAUUAUUCAAUUUCAGGUUGAGCCGGAAAAGUAUGCUGCAGCUGUAAAUUGGCUCCGUACCAUGAUGUUUGAUUCUGUUUACGACCCUAUACGCAUCAAGGCUGCCAUAAUGAAAGCGUUGGCCGACGUCCCAGAGUCGAAACGCGACGGGCGCAGUAUGUCCUCUGAGGUAGACACAGCUAUCCACCAGGACAAGUCAACUCUUACAGUCGCCAGGCGCGUUCUUGUCAAGGCAGUCUACCUCAAACGUCUCAAGAAGAUCCUUCAGAAGAAUCCAGAUCAGAUUGUGGAGUGGUUCAAUACAAUCCGCAAUUCGCUCUUCACUUUCGAAAACAUCAGAGUUCUCGUUACCGCAAACUUAGAGAAGCUUCCUAACCCCAUCACGACUUGGGAUCCACUCUCUACAGCCUUGAAGUCACAAAACGGAUCAAUGGUUGCUAUUCCGAAGCCCUCAAGUACCUUGAACGACGAAGGAAAAGCCCCUGGCUCUGUCGGCGCCAUUAUCGUCCCCAUGACGGCUCUCGACAGCUCAUUCUCUGUGAGCACUGCUCCUGGACUCUUCUCAUUUUCAGAUCCCAGGUUGCCGUCCAUCAUGGUGGCAAUCGGUUAUCUUGAGACGGUAGAGGGACCCCUGUGGAAUGCUGUUCGAGGUGCUGGGUAUGCCUACGGAUCCUUCUUCUCACGCAAUGUUGAGAGCGGAGUCAUAAACUACAAGGUUUACCGAUCUCCAGACGCAUCCAAGGCAAUUAUUGCUUCGCGUGAUGCAAUUCAAAAAAUUGCCAAUGAAGAGGUGCCAAUUGAUAAACAUCUGUUGGAAGGUACCAUCAGCCAGAUUGUGGUUAGCUUUGCAGACGAGCAAUCCACUAUGCCCGGCGCUGCCCAGCAGAACUUUAUCCAGAGCGUGUUCAGGCAGCUGCCCAAAGACUGGAGCAAGGAUAUCUUGAAGCGCGUUAGAGAAGUAAAGGAGGAUGAGAUUCGACAGGCGCUAAAGGACAUCAUUAUGCCUUGCUUUGAACCAGGCAAGAGCAAUGUAGUUAUUACAUGCGCGAAGCUUAUGCAGGAGGUAGAAUCAACAUAA